GACCCACAGUGGCUCCACUUUCCUCCAGCAGGGGGCAGCCCCUCGUUCCCAGGCCUGCCGGGGUGGGUGGAGAGGGGGAGAGGUCGGUGCCUAACGUUCAUCCUGGCAACAGCUUCAAUGCGACUGUGCGGGGGUCUGGGGAACUCCCAGCUACCGAGUGGGGCCAGAUGAUCUCCCAGGGCGGCUGGGCCUGUCCCAUGGGGCCUCUUCUCCGGUAUGGGUGCUGAGCCCCCUUCGCCAGGGGUCGCCCACUUAUGCCCCUCGGCCCCUCGUUAGCCGGCAGAGCUCUCGCCCGCACGCCAAGUCCUUAAUUAACCUGUGGGCCCCUGAGCACCAGGCUCUGAUCAAACCAGGCUGGGGGAGGCUCCCCUGUGACCAGUCAUUAACCUGGGGAACUCGCUGCCACUAGCCGCAGCCUGGAAUUAGAAACCCGCCGCCAUUUCCUUUCCAGGUAAAACGACCUCAGCGCUGGUCUCCGGAGACGGGCGGGCGCCUCGUUCGCCUGCAAAGGACGGGCUCCCAUGGCAGCUGUCAGAACUCGCUGCCCUCUGUCAACAGGGCAGGAGCAGCUGGGGCAGUGGGGGGCAGCUCAGUGGGGGGGGGCAUCUGCAGGCACGAACGGCAGGGAGUGACCGUCAGUAGGUUUCAGAGUGAACACUGUAGGGAACGGCUGGCUCAGGCUCCAGGCAGACCCGGGCGCGGCUGGGCCGGGGGAAGUCUCGGCUGCCAUGAUAAGGGCCUCGGCCCCUGACUCAGCCCUGGAGGUGCCAACCACGAUGGCUCCCUCCCAUUUCCCCACCACCCCUGUCAGUUCCUGCCCUGGAGCGAGAUGCGGACCCUGGCGGGAAGACGCCCUGAACCGAUGGGCUCGGCCAUCUGGGUCCUGCUGGUGCCUGGCCCGCUGCGGGGUUCCCCCCCGCAGCCGGAGGUACGGGGGGCCGGGGAUCAGAUCCUGUUGCCUUGUGGGGCUCCGGGCCCCCGGGUGCGGUGGGUCUGGGCCCCCCGAUACCCCAAAUGUGCUGGCAACCCCGGAAACCUGCUCGAAAUCUCCUGGCUGCCUCCUGGGCUGGAGCCCCCCCCAGCCCGGUUCAGGGGGCGCCUGGACCCCCACCCCUCGGCCCCGGGGGUCCUGCUGCUCCGGGACCUCGUCAUGAGCGACUCGGGGACCUUCACCUGCCUCAGGGGGUCUGGGCCCGAGCCCCCCAUCCAGCUGGAGGUGACAGGAGGCUGUCGGAACAACCUCACCGUCUCCUCCAACUGGACGUCUCCCUCGGCCCUGACCCUCCGCUGCGGCCGCUGCCCCCUGUCGGCCGGCCCGGCCUCCUUCCGCUGGUUCCUCAAAUCCCAGCCCCUGGGCAACCAGCUCUGGGCUACCAAGAGGGAGUGGGGGGCUACUGUGCGGCUGGACCCGUCCCGGCGGGCGGCCUGGGGGCACUGGGAAUGUCGUCGCCUCGGCGCCGCCUCUGGGGGCUUUGAGUUUUGCGUGGAGCCUCCCCUCAGGGCAGGGGGCACAGGCCCCGGCUCUGAGUGGGGGAUCUGGGUCGCGGCGGCAGCGGCUCUCGGGCUGAUCGGGGCAGGGCUGGGCGCUUGGUGCCUCUGGAGACGGAGGCGGGGCAGGAACCAACGGAAUCAAAACAAACGAGAGAACGAAACAGGUGAGAGAGAAACACACACACACACCCCCACCUGCAGACCCACUACCCCGGUAUCCCACCGCUCCCACCAUCGGUCAGAGCCGUGGGGCCCAGCUACCCCGGUAUCCCACGGCUCCCACCAUGGGUCAGAGCCAUGGGGCCAGCUACCCUCCACCCGCAGACCCAUUACCCUGGUAUCCCACGGCUCCCACCGUGGGUCCGAGCCAUGGGGCCCAGCUACCCCGGUAUCCCACCGCUCCCACCAUGGGUCCGAGCCGUGGGGCCCAGCUACCGCGGUAUCCCGCCUCGCCAGCUGAGUGCAGAGUGGAUCCCAGGUCUCUUGCCUGAGUCACCGGGUCCGUAACCCUCCCAGCCAUGAUCAGUCUGUAAGGACCCAGUGGUGGGUAGUUCCACAGGUCGACUGGCUCCUUGCUCAGACCCCCCCCUCCAUCCCUACUUCCCUCUCCAUUUUCUCCUUCUCUCCAUCCUGUGCCAAGGGCCCCGUUUAUCCCCCUCGGAAGAGCCGCGGCUUGGAGCCAAAUCAACCGAAAGACGCCUC